AUGGCGACCAUAGACCCAUCCUCGUUGAAGCCGGCGCAAGAGACUGCUCAUAUCGAGAAUGUUGAGAGCUUGCAAGCCCCAGAUAUCAAUAAUAAAGUAAUAGAGCUCAUUGACUCUCUCCAAAAGAAGAAUGACUCCAUCGAGAAGAGACUCGCCCAGCUCGAAGGGAAAUCAAACGCAAAGGACGUCUUUGUGGGUGCCAUCGACCAAGGCACCACCAGCUCUAGAUUCCUAAUCUUCGACCAAAGAGGAGAACCAAUUGCCUCCCACCAGGUUGAGUUCAAACAAAUCUAUCCGCAUUCAGGCUGGCACGAACAUGACCCCGAGGAGCUCAUCUCGUCUGUCCGCGUGUGCAUCGAGAAGGCGACGCAAGAAUUAGAGCGCAAGGGCUUCUCGAAGAACCAGAUCCAGUCCGUCGGCAUCACGAAUCAGCGCGAAACGACAGUCGUGUGGGACAAGACCACUGGCAAAGCUCUGCACAACGCCAUCGUAUGGACGGAUAUCCGCCAACAAGCGCUUGUUCGCGAACUCAAGCAGCGUGAGGGCGCAGAUGGCCUUCUUGACCUGUGCGGUCUCCCACUAUCCACAUAUCCGUCCGCUACGAAGCUACUGUGGCUGUUGAAGAAUGUCAAGGAAGUCGCUGAUUGCUACGAAGCGGGCAACCUUGCGUUUGGUACUGUUGAUGCGUGGCUGGUGUACAAGCUCAACGGCGGCAAGGCCGCAGACGUCUACGUUUCCGAUGUCACGAAUUCGUCCCGGACUAUGUUUAUGAACAUUGAGACGAGAAAGUACGACGAUAAGCUCAUCAAGUUCUUUGACAUCGACACAACAAAGGUCUUGCUACCCAAGAUUGUGCGCUCUUCUGACAGGGAGGCAUUUGGCAAGCUCAGCUCCGGCAUCCUGAAAGACGUUCCAAUCGCCGGUGUUCUCGGCGAUCAGUCCGCCGCUCUGGUCGGCCAGAAAGGAUUCGAGGCUGGUCAGGCCAAGAACACAUAUGGCACAGGCUGUUUCUUGCUCUAUAAUGUCGGCAGCAAGCCCGUCAUCUCGAAGAAUGGACUCCUUGCCACAAUCGCGUACGAUUUCGAUGGAACCCCAGCUUAUGCCCUAGAAGGAAGCAUUGCCGUGGCAGGUCAGGGCAUCAAGUUCCUGCGCGACAACCUCGGCAUGAUCAACAGUGCAGAGGAAAUCAAUGAACAUGCUGCUGCUGUAGAUGAUAAUGGUGGCGUUGUGUUCGUCACGGCCUUCAGCGGGCUCUUUGCGCCGUACUGGGUCGACGAUGUGCGCGGCACAAUCCUCGGCAUCACGCAACAUACACAAAAAGGCCAUAUCGCUCGCGCAACAAUGGAGGCCACUUGCUUUCAGACAAAAGCCAUCCUGGAUGCCAUGGAGAAAGACUCGGGCAAGAAGUUGACGCAGCUGGCCGUUGAUGGCGGUAUGAGCAACUCCGAUCUCGCCAUGCAGACCCAAGCAGACCUCAUUGGCAUCCCUGUAGAGCGCCCGAACAUGCGCGAGACGACGGCGCUAGGUGCCGCAAUUGCAGCGGGCUUUGCUUAUGGCGUGUGGAAGAGUUUCGAUGAUCUGAAGACGGUGAAUACGGAGGGAAGCACGACGUUUGAUCCGGCGAUGGACAAGGAGCAGAGUGAGAAGAUGUAUGAGAGGUGGGAGAAGGCGGUGAAGCAGGCGAGUGGAUUCGUGUAG